GUAACAAGAUGGACAAGUAUACGUCAUGUGUAGCCCUAAACCACCCCAAAAUCUCAAACUUGAAAAAAUCGAACAAACCUGAAGCUCCGGCCACUAUCGGCGGCUCCGGCGAUCCAAGAACAGCCCCAUGGCGGUCCUUGUGAGUUCCAAGGUGGACCUGAAGCGCAGGGAGAAGCAUAAGAAGGCGGCCAAGUCGGGCGGGUUCGAGUCGAUGGGGCUGAGCCUCAACGUGUUCAGAGGAGUAAAGCGCAAGGGCUACAGGGUGCCCACACCGAUCCAGCGCAAGGCAAUGCCGCUGAUACUCUCCGGGGCCGAUGUGGUCGCCAUGGCCCGCACCGGGUCCGGGAAGACGGCAGCGUUCCUUGUGCCGAUGCUCGAGAAGCUCAGCCAGCACGUGCCUCAGGGCGGCGUUAGGGCCCUGAUACUGUCGCCCACCAGAGACCUGGCGCUUCAGACCUUGAAGUUUACGAAAGAGCUCAGUCGUUAUAUGGAUCUUCGUAUUAGUUUAUUGGUUGGGGGUGAUAGCAUGGAAAGCCAGUUUGAAGAACUAGCUCAGAACCCUGACAUCAUAAUUGCAACCCCUGGUCGGCUCAUGCACCAUUUGUCGGAGGUUGAUGAUAUGUCCUUGCGUACAGUGGAAUACAUGGUUUUUGAUGAAGCAGAUUGUCUCUUUAGCAUGGGAUUUGCUGAACAGUUGCAUAAAAUCCUCACCCAACUCAGCGACAAUCGACAGACCUUGCUUUUCAGUGCAACCUUACCGGGUGCUCUUGCUGAGUUUGCUAAGGCUGGUCUGCGGGACCCUCAUCUCGUCCGACUUGAUUUGGAGACGAGGAUUAGCCCUGACUUGACACUUACUUUUUUCACCCUUCGGCAGGAGGAAAAAUAUGCAGCUUUGUUGUAUCUUAUAAGAGAACAAAUUGGUUCUGAUCAGCAGUCGCUGAUAUUUGUUUCCACCAAACAUCAUGUUGAAUUUCUGAAUGUUCUGUUUAGAGAAGAUGGUAUCGAGCCUUCUGUGUGUUAUGGAGAUAUGGAUCAAGAAGCACGCAAGAUGCAUGUAUCAAGAUUUAGGGCAAGAAAGACUAUGUUGCUUAUUGUGACUGACAUUGCCGCUAGGGGUAUUGAUAUCCCGCUGCUUGAUAAUGUUAUUAACUGGGAUUUUCCCCCUAAACCUAAACUCUUUGUCCAUCGAGUUGGCCGAGCUGCAAGAGCAGGUCGGAUUGGUACCGCGUUUUCCUUUAUCACUUCUGAAGAUUUGCCUUACCUUCUAGAUCUUAAUCUCUUUCUCUCAAAACCCGUCAGAGCUGCUCCCACGGAAGAGGAGGUUUUGCAAGAUAUGGAUGCAGUAAUGUCUGAAGUUGAUCUAGCAAUUUUAAAUGGAGAAACUGUUUAUGGGCGUUUCCCUCAAACAGUUAUCGAUCUUGUUUCUGACAGAGUUCGUGAAAUUAUUGAUUCGUCUGCUGAACUUAAUUCUUUGCAGAAAGCUUGUACAAAUGCAUUUCGUUUGUAUUCUAAGACAAAACCAUCACCUUCAAGGGAGUCCAUCAGGAGAGCAAAGGAUUUACCCCGUGAAGGGUUGCAUCCAAUUUUCAAAAACGUUCUAGCUGCUAAUGAGUUAUCAGCACUGGCCUUUUCAGAACGGUUGAAAGCCUUCAGGCCCAAGCAGACUAUUUUGGAAGCUGAAGGUGAAGCUGCUAAAUCAAAGCAUCUAAAAGGCCCUUCUAGUCAAUGGGUUGAUGUCAUGAAGAAAAAACGAGCUAUUCAUGAGGAAAUCAUUAACACAGUACGUCAGCAACGCUCUAACGAUCAUGCGACAAAGGCAAUAAUGGAAUCUGAAAUCAGUUUUCCGAAGGAGAGGGAGAAAAAAGUUUCCGGUUUUAAAAGGAAGGUGAAGACCUUCAAGGAUGAGGAGUUCUUUAUAAGUGCUGUACCAACAAAUCAACAUUUGGAGGCAGGACUCUCGGUAAGUGCCAACCAAGGCUUUGAGUCAAACAGGUUAGAUGCUGCGGUGCUUGAUCUAGUUGCAGAUGAUAAAGAGGGCUUGCAGAAACAAAAGACUAGAUUCCACUGGGAUAAGAGGAGUAAGAAGUAUGUCAAAUUGAACAAUGGGGAACGCGUGACAGCCAGUGGAAAGGUAAAAACAGAGAGUGGUGCAAAAGCAAAAGCUAACAAAACUGGGAUAUACAAGAAGUGGAAAGAGCGUUCGCACAGUAAAAUUUCCCUCAGAGGAACCAGUAAUGAGGGCAAUGUUGAAGAAGCCACUAGUUUGGCAGGAGGUAAUGGAUUCCGAGGAGGCAAUGGGUCGAGGUUCAGAGGUGGCAGGAAGCAGCUGUCAAUUCCCAAUGCGCAUGUGCGGUCGGAGAUUAAAGAUCUCGAUCAAGUUCGGAAAGAAAGGCAGAAAAAGGCAGACAGAGCUUCCCAAAUGAAGAGCAAAUCCAAGGGGAAAAAGUUUGGUAAAAAUGGUAAAAAAAGGAAAGCAAAGUAGGGGAGACCCCCCCACAAAUUUUGUUUACAAGAGAAAUACAGUGUAUUUUUAACAUGUCCUGGACUGUUUUUUGUUUUUGAAGCUCUCCAUACAUAUACUUCAUAUUUGGCUGUAUGUAAACAAUCCAUUUGCUCCGUUAAAAAAUAUAUAUAUAUUUUGCUGAUUUGCGACUCUGUAUGAGCCAGAUACGAAAUUUUCACGGUUGUAAAUUAGCUUGAAAAGUUAAUUUGGGAAGUUUAGGGCAUUUUCAAAAUGCUGUGUUGUAUUCUAUAACGCAAUUUUAAAGAGCGUUUGGCAAUACGUUCUCAA